AUUAUGGAUGCUGUAAACGAAUUAUGUGCGAAAUUUAAUCCAUUACUAACAUCUAACUACUGCUCAGACAACAGGCUCACAGCUGCUAUUCGAGAAGAUUAACAUAGACUAAAGCCUACUCUACUUAUUCGUGUGUAAGUUGUAUUUAAGCAUUGAAAGAAGGCUGAUUGUUGCGGGGAGUUUAAAAAUGUCCCGUGAUUAGUCCCCGUUUUCCCAAAGUGUUUGUGCGUAUCAGGGCUAAAUUACAGUUUAAAUGUUUAUACACAUCCGACUAUAACUUGUCAAUCUCGGAUCAUCUAAAAAAUAUUAAUUAACAUGACAGAUGGUCUAACCGCUGAGAAGUUAGCAGAGAUAAAGAAUUACGAAGAGCAAAUGUUUGAUUACUUCUCUCAUUAUUCCACAAAAUUACGCGAAUGGUAUGCUAAUGGUGGAGAACAGUCAGAAGAAUAUAAGAUUCAGUGCAACAAACUUAAUGAAGAGUACCAUAGAUACCUGAAAUAUGCUCAGAGAUUGCGAAGUAUGACGGUGUCUGGAUAUGACUGUUGUCAGCAAGCAGCACCUGAGGUAGUCUUCCAUCAAGCUCUUCCAGACCAAAUUCAGGAUCUAACCAAUACUGGUGCUGAUAAUUCAAACCCUGUGUACACUGCCUCCGCUGCCGCUGACUACACGCGUUACUAUCAAAAUAUGAUAAACUACUUUAAUAAUCUCUUGGCUUCUGUACAACAGAGUGAUUCUAAUUGCGCUGAAAGUUCAGAUGACGAAAACCUGGAUGGCAAAGAAGUUAAAUCCUUAGCACAUGCUGGGUGCGAUAACUAUACAUCCCAGCUCGCGAAGGGAACAGAAAUGACUGUGAAUGACAACUCCACUGUGCUAGACCCUUGUUCUGACCCCAACGCUGUUAUGAAGGAAUAUUUUGACCGUUAUGUUGAAGCCGGAGAGUGGGACUGGGCGUCUUGGAACAACUAUCUCAGUUGGAUUGCACGCACGAAUCCUCAAUGGUAUGAGAUUUUCGUAAAUUUAAGCCGAGGACUGGGAAUAGACUGGAAUGACAUGUAUGAAAAAUGGGCAUAUUCGGUUUCUGGAGAUUCCAGCUGUCAAAAACCACCAUUCGCGCUUCAUUACUCUAAUACGACUUCUGCAUCCCUUAACCACUGCCAAGUCAGAAACACCUCAUCUCAUAUUAGUUCUGAGGAAGAUGCCAGUGAAGAUAAUGAAAACGACUGGACUUACUGUUCAACUUGUGACCAAAACUUUGGUACUGAACGUGCAUUUACACUGCACUUACGUGGUAUCAUGCAUACACAAAGAAUUCUUCAAUCCAGUGAAAUGUAUGAAGCUGAUUUUGCUGUUCCUGAGGAAAACUGGGAGACAAAACACCAUAAGUGGCUAAAAUCUCAGUAUCUUAACAAUGGUCAUUCUGUUGUGGGGUUUUCUGGUUCCUUCUUUUGUGAGUUGUGCGAAGUAGAAUUCCCGUCCCAUAAAUCACUUGGUUCACAUCUUAAUGGACGUCGACAUCAAGAGAAUGUUUCUAUUUACGAAUCAACUGGUGACCGUUCUUUGUUGAAGGGCAAGCGUAAGGCACCAGUUAAAGUCUCAGCUAAAAUACAACCUUUGCUGGAUGUGUGUACACAACCGUUAAUUGGUCUCAACUAUUUGAUUGAGUACCAGGUCCAGGAAUUAGACGAAUGUCUGUACAUGUGUAGUCUUUGUAACCGGUGGUUACCACGGAAAUCGGUGAUUGGCCACUUGUGCAGUGUCGUCCACAGAAAAACAUAUCUUAAUACAUAUUAUUUACCUCUGUUUAGGAUUACUGAUCGUGAUUAUAGUGAUAGAUCACUUCAAGCAUGUAGACUGGAAGUAUAUGCUCGUAAGAUUGAGGAUUUUGAAGGUAGAAAACGUCUUAUUAUCAAACAGCACUCUGUAACUGAUCUCGAUCUUCAAAGUGAAAUUAUACACCUGAUACAAGAACACAGUGAGGCACGUCUUUUAAAAGAAAAAAAACUUUCUAGAUCACCUCAUUCCGUAGGUGAUCAAUCCGUGUGUGAUACUUCAGUUUCAGCUGAUCUUGAAGAAGGCGAGAUAAGAGAGGAUUCUUCUGAUGAAGAAACAGCAGUUAGUGAAGAAGCGGUAGGCUCUCCAGAUUCCAAUUCAAGUUUCUAUACUCGUUAUAAUGUUAUCUUGAAGUCUAUUGAUAAAAAGAGAAAUAAUGAUACAAAUGAUGAUACAAAAAAACUCAACAUUAAAUCUCAAUUCGUUAUGAAUGUUAUGGCAUCCAAAAACAAAGUUGAACGGCUUGAUGGUGAAUCUACGGAUGAAACAACUAUCACGGAUGAUGAUUGCGAAAAAUACAUCAUGGAUUUAGAGGAGAAAGGUUUGUUGCGACUAAAGGCAAAGAGGUCAAACUGUAAAGUGCGAAAGGACUCCGUUUACACAGAUCAAUUCACAAAGGAAGUUGAUUGGGUCUUGGAGAAAUUGAAGAUUUCAAAAUGCAAACAUGAAGAAAAUAUACGACAGACAGCUGCUGACGUAUCUGCUGCAGCCAGAAUAAAAGCUGCUAAAUUACCAAAUCCAGAGAAUUUCACAGUUCACCAGCAUGUAUUUAUACACAAUUCCUCUUUUUAUCAUUAUUACGAUAAAUCUAGAUCUGAAAACAAUGUAAUGUUACCAUCUCUAACAGCGCCAUUAGGACCAGUAGCGCCUGUGUGCAUGAACUACAACUAUCCACCACCAAAUAAUACUGAUAAUUCAAAUGAGAGUAAGAAAAUCGCUGGUGAAACCAAUGAUCGAAUCGCUCUAUCCAGCAGUGCAUUUAAUGUUAUAUUGUCAGCUAUCGAUGCCUUAAAGUCUUCUGGUCAGUUACCUAAUGGAGUAAAUCUGACUUUAAAGCAAAGUAAUAAAAGUCCGCAGAAAAAUAUCACUUCCAACCAACCAACAGUUGUUAGACGAAAUCAUCAGUUCAACUUAUCUUUGCACAGUCAAAUAUCAGAAGAACCCAAACAAACAAUGCAUUGUAAGUUCGUGUUAUUUUCUGUAUUUUAAUUCAGUUAUGCAAGUUAUUCAUAACUUGAAUCCACCAUUUAGAUUUAAAAUAAUUUUAUCAAUAACAAGGUCUAAACAAAAAUAAGCUAACGUGAAUAAGAUUUAGCUAAUCAGAAUAUUUAAGUGGUGGUUUGCAACGAUUUGAUUUGAUCGGUUACGGGAUUUCAUCGUCAGCUGACUUCACUUUGAAAGCGUGGGAGUACUGGACAGCUGUUUCCUCCUAGUUUGGGACUCUUCGUCGGUACGCACCCACCGGGGAUCGAACUCCGGUUACAAGGUAUGCCGGUGUCAAUUAGCAGUACAUCUGCAGUUAUGACUACGCCGUACCCCAACCCUCCUGCUAAUAAUGUUUCAGCACCAACAAAUUAUGAAUCAGUUCACUGUCGUUCACGUUCUCCACAAGAUGUGAGAGGAUGCACUGAGAAUCAACAGGUUCCGACACCUUCACUUAGUCGACAUAUGCUAAACAAUGUUUCUUUCAAGUCACUCGUCAACACCCAAGAUCCAUCCAAUGAAAUGCAUCAACAAGCACUAAACUGUACAAGAGAUGAUGAAAAAAUGUUCGAUGCAUACAGCAUCUUUUCAAAACUCUCUGAACGUAAAGAAGCUCAAAAGCAAAGUUGGAUUAAAACUCCAAGGUAUUUCAAACGUGGUGGUAUGCGGAAUGAAGGAGAUCAUGGAUCGACACCCACAUCUCAGUUUAACAGUGGAAGAAGACUGUCAGCUAUUGCCGACUUCUUAGGUGUUAACGAACCACCCACUGAAAGAAAAAGAAUUGCGUCAUCGAAUCAAUUAGAUAAUGGUCUAAUCACCACUCAACCCCAUCUAGUUUAUUCUUCAAGUAACGUGCCUGCUUACCCGACCACACACAAUAUCCAGGUUCCUUGUCAAAAUACUCCUUCGUUUCCUUAUAAUAUAAUGAAUAUCAGAGGACCUUCUCCUUCUGUUGUUGCUCGUGAUUCUUAUCCAACCUCCAUUUAUCACCCACGUACUGGUUAUGGAUCUACUUGGCCAAUUCAUGCUAAUGCUAAUUUUUCAGCAUCAAAUCUCUCACGAACAUUGGAGUUGAUUAACCAUAAUUCUUUUUUCCGACAGUGACUCAAAUUCACUGACUUAUUUUCCCAACGCGAUAUACGAAUUGACCAAUGCUUUUGUACAUUAAAUGAUUACUGAAACUGUUAAAUAGUUAUGUACAUACAAAUGAAUAUAUAUAUAUAUAUAUAUAUAUAUAUAUAUAUGCUAAAUUUUGUGAAGUAAUCUCCUACUAUGUAAAUUUCCAAAAUUUACCUUUUGAUAUAAAUUUACUAUGAUUUCUAUAUUCUUGAAGGUGAUGACUGCUCAGCAUAUGAGAAAGUUCUCAUGCAUAUUUAGUGAACAACCACUAACACCUUUAUGGCCGUUGGCAAUGAGCCACGCCUACCACGUAAUAUCUAGUGUCUCAGAUCUCUGUGGGUGAAGAGCGGUUGAAGCUCAUAAAUCUGCCGUUAGAAGUUGAGCAUGUGGAAUAAUAAGACAGAAGCAGAAGCAUGUCUAAUAUUAGGUGUGGACGACUUAUAGUGUUUUCUAUUAGGAAUAUAUAUAUAUAUAUAUAUAUAUAUAUAUAUAACCACUCUACGCUCAGUAAUUUUAUUGUAUUUGCACACGGUUUGCUGGCAUCCGAUUCAACUUUCUAAAUGGACAAUGUACGAAUGUUUGACAGUAUGCAUUGCUUAUCUCAACUGCUGGCUUUUAUCAAGUCGUUGAAUUCAAUCCGAUUGUCACUUAUGAAUGGUGGUGUGGUGAGAGCUGUCUACUAGCCAAGUGGUGGACAGUAAUUGAGGUCAAUGUUUAUGUAUCAAAUAUUAGUCAUGUUGUGGUGAGAGAUGGUUGCUGGCCAAAUCGGUUGACAGUAAUUGAGGUCAAAGUGGACAGGCGAAUACAGUUAACAUAUAGAUGAACUGACACAGCCACAAGCGAUGCAAGGUUAACUUUGUGUGAGAAACAACCAAUCAACAGACUGUAUUUUCUACUAACGUUGACCUACAAUAAUGUACAUAAAAAUCUAUAAAUACGUGUUGAUUUU